AGCGAGUAAAAAUUGACUGUUCGCAGAGUAAUUAUUUCCCUUAAAUUGUGCAAGAAGUCAGCAUUAUGAUUAUGUGCAGAACCUGCCUUAAAACUCCAGCGGAGAAGCAUAUUUCGGACCUGGAAAAUGGCAUAAAAGAGGGCAACCAAAGCUGCUUCGAAAUUAUGAUGUUUUGUUUAAAUAUCGAGGUUACCCAAGACUCCAAAAUAACAUCAAAUUUGUGUGCCAACUGCUAUAGAAAAAUUAUAUCGUUUUACAAGUUUAAGACUCUGUCUCUGAAAAAUGAUUUAUAUUUGAAGUCUCUGGACCCAGUUGUACAGUUGGAAGAUCAGAAACUGUCUGUGUAUGUGGAUGAAAACGGAAUUAAACAUGAGAAUUUACUAGAUUCUGACGACUUUGGGCCAAUCCUGUUAGAGGACUGUGAUACAGAAUUUAAAGUAGAAGUAAAUGUUAAGUGCAACAACUCAGACGAAGAAGAAAUAGAUUUUAAGGAUAACAACUCUUAUGACGAUUUAGAAAUAGAUUUUAAGGAUAAUAACUCGAAUGACGAUGUAGAAAUGGAUUUUAAGUGUGAUGAAAAUAUAUCAGAUAAUGUGAAGGCAGAUGUAAACCAACAAAGUGAACAAAAAGUUAAACAUAAAAACAUUGUAAAAGAUACUAAAGAAAAUGCAUCCAAAAAACUUGGCCGUCGCAGAAAAGAUAAAUCACAAAAGAAAGAAAAAUGGAAACCACAGCGGCAAGUGUGUGAGGAGUGCGGCAAGUCGUUCCUUAACCUCAAGGAGCAUGCCCUCCAGCAUCAGCCCAAGGAGGGGCACCAGAAGCUGCAAUGCAAGGCUUGUCCCAAGACUUUUUUCAGCAUUGGGGGCAGAAGAAAGCAUUAUAUGGUGACACAUUUAGGGUUCAAGGAAAAAUGUGACAUUUGUGGUAAAGAGGUAACAGGUUUGAAGCAUCAUAAGAAAUUGGUCCACAACCCGAGUGCCCUACCCUACGGCUGUGUGCAGUGUGAGCGCCGCUUCAUAGGGAAGUCCGCGCUGGAUGCACACAUGGUCACACACACCAAGGACCUGCCGUUUGAGUGUGAUGUGUGCCAGAACAGAUUUGCCUCUAAGAACUCUGUGUCAAGGCAUAUACGGCACGUCCACGAAAAAAUUAGAUCACAUCACUGUCAGUUUUGCUCAAAAGCUUUCUUCAAGAUAGAACACCUGAGAGCACAUGUAAGGUCCCACACGAACGAGCGACCGUAUAAAUGCGAGGAGUGCGGGAAGGCGUUCUCAACGGCCCACUACUUGAAGCAGCACACGCUCAUCCAUGGCGUCAAAAUGUUUCAGUGUCAGCACUGCGACAUGAGCUUCGCGAAGCGGGGGAACUUGACGACCCACAUGGUGAAGCACACGAAGGAGAAGCGCUACCCGUGCGCGUACUGCGGCGUGCGCUUCGGCCGCCCCGACCACCGCAACCGGCACGAGUUCACCGCGCACAAGAAACAGCGCGCAGCCGACUGACGAUUUUGUUGCUAUGGAAUAAGACUCCAAAUCGGGCGGCAGUUGUGA